GGUGGGGGGCGCGGGGGCUCGGGGGCGCGCGUGCGCCGUAGCGCGGCGGCGGAGGGAGCCGCGAUGGAGGGCGCUCCGUCGGGCCGCCAGGUGAUAAAUGAAGGGGAGUCAAGCCUUGCCACUGAGUUACAGGAAGAAGUAGAGGAAAAUCCUAGUCCAACUGUGGAUGAAAAUAAUAUAGUGUCAGCUAAAAAACAGGGACCAAAUUUACACAAUUGGAGUGGUGACUGGAGCUUUUGGACUUCAGGUUCCACCUAUAAAGACAGGAAUGAGGAAUACAAAAGACAGUUCACACAUCUACCUGAUACAGAGAAGCUGAUAGCAGAUUAUGCUUGUGCUCUUCAGAGGGACAUUUUGCUUCAGGGGCGACUAUACCUUUCAGAAAACUGGCUGUGUUUCUAUAGCAACAUCUUCAGAUGGGAAACGACAAUUUCUAUUGCUUUAAAGAAUAUAACCUUCAUGACCAAGGAGAAAACUGCUCGACUCAUCCCAAAUGCUAUCCAGAUCAUUACAGAGGGUGAAAAGUUUUUCUUUACAUCUUUUGGUGCCAGGGAUAGAAGUUACCUCAGUAUCUUUAGGUUGUGGCAGAAUGUAUUAUUAGAUAAGAGCCUGACUAGGCAGGAAUUCUGGCAGCUGCUCCAGCAGAACUAUGGCACUGAGCUAGGCUUAAAUGCCGAAGAGAUGGAAAACUUGUCACUAUCGAUUGAGGAUAAUGUGCAGCCAAGAAGUCCAGGACGAAGCAGCUUGGAUAACUCUGGGGAGAGAGAUGAAAAAUUAUCCAAGUCAAUCAGUUUUACCCGUGAAUCAAUUAGUCGGGUUUCAGAGACAGAGUCACUCGAUGGGAAUUCAGCAAAAGGAGGGUUAGGGAAAGACGAGCCCCAAAGCGAGAAACAGAUCAAAAAGAGUCCUUUACUAACUUCAGAAAAGAAGUUAAGUAGAGUGCCAUCAAAAUCACUGGACUUGAAUAAAAAUGAAUAUCUUUCUCUGGAUAAAAGCAGCACUUCAGAUUCUUUUGAUGAAGAAAAUAUUCCUGAGAAAGAUCUUCAUGGAAGACUUUAUAUCAACCGUAUUUUUCAUAUCAGUGCUGAGAGAAUGUUUGAGUUGCUGUUCACCAGUUCACACUUUAUGCAGAAAUUUGCCAAUUCUAGAAAUAUAAUAGAUGUAGUAUCUACCCCUUGGACUGCAGAACCUGGAGGUGAUCAGCUGAGAACCAUGACCUACACUAUCGUCCUUAAUAAUCCACUGACUGGAAAAUGCACCACUGCCACAGAAAAGCAGAUACUAUAUAAAGAAAGUCGGGAAGCACGGUUUUAUUUGGUAGAUUCAGAAGUACUGACACAUGAUGUCCCCUACCAUGAUUACUUCUAUACCCUGAACAGAUACUGUAUCAUCCGAUCUUCAAAACAGAAAUGCAGGCUAAGAGUUUCCACAGAUUUGAAAUACAGAAAACAGCCAUGGGGCCUUGUCAGAUCGUUAAUUGAGAAGAAUUCCUGGAGUUCAUUGGAGGACUAUUUUAAGCAGCUUGAAUCAGAUUUGUUAGUGGAAGAAUCUAUAUUAAAUCAAUCCAUUGAAGACCCUGGAAAACUUAGCAGCCUGCGAAGGAGAAGGCGACCAUUCAACCGAACAACAGAAACAGUUCCUAAACUUUCUUCUCAGCGUUCCUCUGGAGAUGUGGGCUUAGAGAUCAAAAUGGGUAUUUCAGGAAAGAAAAAGGAAUUGGAAAGCUGUAGCAUUGCUCUUAUUGUGGUGAUGAGUCUUUUUGUGCUGUUGCUAGUUUUGUUGAAUGUGUCACUGUUUCUGAAACUGUCAAAGAUAGAGUAUGCUGCUCAGUCCUUUUACCGUCUUCACCUCCAAGAAGAGAAAUCUUUACAUUUAGCCCCUGAUAUGGUGUCGAGAGCAGAGAAUAUUCCAAAACACAAAGAUCAGACCCAUCGUUUAAAAGGAGUGCUUCAAGACUCCAUAGUGAUGCUUGAACAGCUGAAGAGCUCACUCAUUAUGCUUCAGAAAACCUUUGAUCUACUAAAUAAGAAUAAGACUGGCAUGGCUGUUGAAAGCUCGUGA